GCUACCGUUCAUAAUAAAGAAAAAAAAUCCAGUGCUACUCUUUUGCACAACAAAUUGUUGCGACAUUCGAUCUUGUUCUUAUUAUCCUCUGCUUUCUCUUACCCUUUUCACCAUUUCAACGGAAACCACUUUGAUGGAAAAUAAUAAUAAUAAUGCUUCACAAUACAUUGGAAUUACAAAUAAAUUAUUUCAUUAAUCUGCAUCUAAUCCUUUGCCAUUUUGGUUUCUGCGGUCCAUAGCAUUGCAGCCUCUCUGUAGAAAGAAUCCUAUUCCCCAGCUUGCCAAUCACAACUCUGCUGCAAAUUUCAUUAUUUUGCGGCCACUCCAGAGCUUUAUAUAAGGAUCCUGCCCACGAAGUUACAUUUCCAAGCCAGAGUGCUCUUCUUUCCAUAUAGACCAAGCAAACCAACCAUACACAGCAAGUAACAGCGCUAUGAGUUACUACAAUUUCCCUCUUUUCCAGAGAAGAAGGUCGACCCUAGUAAGCUCCUUUGAUUUCAAGUUCCCCAACCCUGGUGGAUAUAAUUCACACAAGAGGCCUGCACCAUCUGGGUUUGCAGAGCCACCGUCUGCAAACCAGUGGAAGCUUUACCCCGAGACAUCCAGGGAGAGCUUCAAGAAGCCACCUGGUGUGGUAGAGGUUCAUUCUGCAAGCCAGUGGAAGGCCUUUGUUGAUGAUUCCAGGGAGAAUAAUAAGCUGUUGGUCAUACAGUUCACUGCAACAUGGUGUGGGCCUUGUCGACUCAUGGAACCUGCCAUGGAAGAGUUUGCUGCUAAAUACGCAGAAGUCAUGUUCAUCAAGAUCGACGUUGACAAGUUGCCGUCGGUGGCUCGCCAAUAUGAUGUCCAGAUAAUGCCUGCAUUUGCACUGAUCAAGAAAGGGAAAGAGGUUGAUAAGGUGGCAGGAGUCAAAAAGACUGAACUUCGGAACAAGAUUGAAAAGAAUAGGCAGUGAAGAUCCAAGCAUUGUCAUGAAUUGACUGAAGAGCUUUGUAGUAUCAUCAGACGCAUCACACAGGCAAAGGAAGCAUCAGAAGAAUAAAAAUUAGGCCAAUUGAUGGCAAUUAUCCCCUCAGCCAAAACUAGAGUAUUAUCCAUAUUCUAUAGUCAUAUCAUUCCACUAGUUCCAAAUUACCCUGGUAUGUCGAUUUCUCAGUCAUGAACUCGACAAACAAAACUUAUGCAAAAGUUGGUAUGACCCCUCCCUGUUCAAUAUUAUUCAGCUCAGAUAUAUCUGAGCAUUAUACAAUCUCCACUUACAGAGUAUGUAACACUUAUUCAGAUAAAAUAUCCAGAUGUGAA